ACUUCAACUAUCUCUCCUCUGCAGGAGGAGUCCCUCCCAGAGGGGAUGAGACGCUGAAAAGAUGCCGGCAGUGAGACGGGUUCAUCCAGACAUGAGCGUUCAGGGUCCAGAGUCCUGCUCCUCCUGCUCCUCCUGCUCCUCCUGCUCCUCCUGCUCCUGCUCCUCCCUUUAGCCAACAUGAGGAAGCCGUUCCCUACGAACUCUUCAUGAUCCUCUUGAACUUUUCAGAGCCGAUCCAAGUUCAGUGAAACCGCCUCGGAUAUCUCAGAGGAAGGAUGGAGGGCGGGAGGAAGGGAACGAGGACGCAGGGAACGAGGACGCAGGGAACGAGGACGCUCCCUAGGACGCUCCCGGGGAUCCUCCCGAGGACGCUCCUGAGGAUUCUGGGAUUGUUCUGCUUGUGGAUUACAGCUCAGGCUCAGAUGAAGAUCCCACCGGAGACGGUGCAGCAGUGGGCCGCCGUGUUCUCCGUUCAGCUUCGAGACCUCACCACCAAAUACUCCGGUUCCCUGCUGCUGCAGAAGAAACUGAAGGACGUGGAGUCCAUCAUUAAGAUCGUGGAGUUGGAUGGAAGCGACCUGGUGAAGGAUUACUCUGACGAAAUCGAGCGAAUGUUGGGAAGCAAAAUGAAGUCGGUGAAGAGGUUGGCGGAGUCGGCCGAAGACGCAGAUCUGUACCACGAUUACAACGCUACCAUGAAGUUUGAUUACUACAACUCCAUGGUGAUCAACUCGGUGGACGAGGACGGGAACAACCUGGAGCUGGGCGGAGACUUCCCCCUGGAGGAGAACGAGCACUUCAACAAGCUGCUGGUGAACACGCUGCUGAGCGACAUCCAGAUCCCCACCAACGUCUACAACAAAGACCCGAACAUCCUCAACGCCAUCUACAACUCGGAGGCGCUGAACGACGUCUUCAUCGGUAACUUCCAGAAGGAUCCCACGCUCACCUGGCAGUUCUUCGGCAGCUCCACGGGCUUCUUCAGGAUUUAUCCCGGUAUUAAAUGGACUCCAGACUCCAACGGUGUGGCAGCGUUCGACUGCAGGAACAGAAACUGGUACAUCCAGGCCGCCACGUCUCCCAAAGACAUCAUCAUCAUGGUGGACAUCAGCGGCAGCAUGAAGGGGCUGAAGAUGACCAUCGCCAAACACACCAUCAACACCAUACUGGACACACUGGGAGAGAACGACUUCGUCAACGUCAUCGCUUACACUGACUAUGUUCGGUACGUGGAGCCGUGCUUCAAAGGAACUCUGGUUCAGGCCGACUUAGACAACAGAGAGCACUUUAAGCAGCUGGUGGACGAGCUGCACGUUAAAGGAGAAGCCAAAAUCAAGAACGCCAUGAAGGAGUCCUUCAAGAUCCUCAACGAGGCGCGGGCCAGUGGGCGGGGCAGCAUGUGUAACCAGGCCAUCAUGCUCAUCACAGAUGGAGCCAUGGAGGACUUCGAGUCCGUCUUCGAGGAGUUCAACUGGCCCGAGCGCCGGGUGCGAGUCUUCACCUACCUGAUCGGCAGAGAGAUGACCUUCGCCCAGAACACCAAGUGGAUCGCCUGCAACAACAAAGGUUUCUAUACACACAUCUCCACGCUGGCUGACGUGCAGGAGAACGUGAUGGAGUACCUGCACGUGCUCAGCCGGCCGAUGGUCAUCAACCACGACCACGACAUCAUCUGGACGGAGGCCUACAUGGACACCGUGCUCUUCACCACCAAAGCUCAGAGUCUGCUGCUCAUGACCUCGGUUGCGAUGCCGGUCUUCAGCAAGAAGCAGGAAACGCUGUCCCACGGGAUCCUGCUGGGUGUGGUCGGCACCGACAUCCCGCUGAUGGAGGUCAUGAAGCUGGCGCCCAGAUACAUGCUGGGAGCUCACGGCUACGCCUUCCUCAUCACCAAUAACGGCUACAUCCUGGCACACCCUGACCUCCGACCUCUGUACAAAGAUGGAAAGAAAUUGAAGCCGAAGCCGAACUACAACAGUGUUGAUCUGUCUGAGGUGGAGUGGGAGGACACGGAGGAGAAGCUCAGGACCUCCAUGGUGAGAGGAGAGACCGGCUUCAUCCGGCAGAGCAUCAGAGCUUCAGUGGACAAAAAGAAGCGACCUCUGUUCCUCGUCAACGACUAUUUCUACACAAACAUCGACGAGACUCCUUUCAGCUUCGGCAUGGUGCUGACUCGAGGUCACGGCCGCCUCAUGUUCAUCGGAAACGUGUCCGUGGAGGAAGGUUUGCACGACCUCACCUCGCCCGACCUCAGCAUCGCCGCCGAGUGGACGUACUGCGAGACCGACAUCGACCCGAGUCACCGCAAAUACUCUCAGCUUCAGGCCGCCAUCCGCUACCUGCUGGGGCUGGAGCCCGACCUGGAGUGCGACGAGGUGUUGCUGCAGCAGACGCUGUUCGACGCCGUGGUGACGGCGCCGCUGGAAGCCUACUGGAACGCCCUGAUGCUCAACGACAGGGUGGAGCCGGGGUUGGAGACGGCCUUCCUCGGUACUCGUGCCGGCCUGAUGAGGAUCAUGAGAUACGCAGGAGUGGAGACCAGAGUGGCAAAACGGUUUCUGACGGCGGGCGACAAAGACAACCUGUUCACCGUGGACCACUUCCCUCUGUGGUACCGCCUGGCCGUGGAGAACCCUCCGGGCAGCUUCUACUACUACCCCGUCCACGACAAAGGAGUGAAGUACGUGAUCGCGGCGACGGCGGUGACGGUGUCCUCCGAGGGGAAGACGGCGAUGGCCGGCGCUAUCGGGGUGCAGAUGUCCUUGGAUUUUCUGGAGAAGUUGUUAUGGGCCAUCGCCAAGCAGCCCAGCGACACAGACUGUUCAGCCAUCGAAGGCGUGUGUCCUCUCAGCUGCGAGAGCGCUGAUCUGAACUGUUUCCUGGUCGACAACAACGGCUUCGUUGUGCUUUCCAAAGAGAGGAACGAGGUCGGGCGUUUCUUCGGCGAAGUGGACGGUUCAGUGAUGGCGUCGCUCAUCAAGAUGGGAAUGUUCAAAAAGGUGUCGCUGUUCGACUACCAGGCGAUGUGUAAGAACAGCCAUCACCACGCCAGCAGCGGGCGCCGCCUCCUCAGCCCGUUUCACAGCCUGGCCGCGUUGACGAGGUGGUUCUUCUCCAACGCUCUGAUGUUCCUGCUGGACUUCAACCUCUGUGGACUCUGGCACUCCGACUACUUUGUGGACGCCAAAGCCGGCUAUCACACCAGUCACAAGCAGAAGAAGGUGGAUGCCCUGCAGCCCUGUGACACGGCGUAUCCCGGCUUCAUGUACGACUCUUCAGUCAGAGAAGCAAACAGCCUCAUCAAGUGUGGACGCUGCCAGAAGAUGUUCGUGGUGCAGCAGGUCCCUGACAGCAACCUGGUGAUGGUCGUCACUCAGGCCGACUGUGACUGUUCCCGUCAGUACGGACCGAUCCUGCUGGAGGCCAAAGAGAUCAAAUAUAACGCCACGGUGAAGUGCAACCGCAUGAAGUCCCAGAAGGUGCGGCGGCGCCCGGAGUCGUGCCACGCCUACCACCCGAAGGAAGAUGCGAAGGAAUGCGGGGGGCGUCGGCCAUCUUCCCGUCGCUCUGCGUCUCCUCCUUCUCUCUGCUCGCCUCCACGCUGCUCCGCCAUUGGACGUAAAGAAUGGACCAAUGAGGACGCUCCGUGGGAGGCGACGGCGGAGAAGGAUUUAUUAAAAGAAAUAAUUAACGUUGAGCCAAAAAAGAUGAUUUUCUUUCGUUCGAACGGUGAAAGGAAAAAAACUCUGAACGCAACGUUGAGUCCGACGGACGGAAACGAAGAAUGUUUGAUACAAAUGUUCAAAGAAGUCGAGUUUUACAUUCAAGUGAUUUACAAUUUAAAAAAAACUAUUUUAAAUGAGGCUUCAGCUUCAAAAGUGGCAAACUGUAAGAUUUUCAUUUAGAUAAAUGCCAUUAAAGGGUUAAAAUAUUUAUAUAUUUUCAGUUUUACGCGAUUCUGAAGGAACCAGGACUGACAGCUGAAGGAGGUCAAAGGUCAACAGAGAACCCAGUGGCUGAAUGUGGAAAAGGACCCUUAUUAAUUUAGUGUCCAUCAGAUGAUUAUAGGAGAGGUUCCUGGAAAUCAAAGAAAAAGGAUUUUAUUUUUCAAAAAAGGAAAUUCAGGAAUUUGUUUUGGGAAUCGAAUCAAAAGAAUUAAAUUAAAAUAAAGUAACGUUUAGUUUUUAGCGAUCUAAUUUACUUAUAAGCCUUCUUCUGAGCUGUAAAAUCACCAAAUUAUUAUAACUCUUCCCACUGGGUUCUUUUCAUGUUUCAUCUGUUGGAAUAAAUCUAAAUAAUUCACAAAUAGACAUUUGCUCCGGUUCAUCAGGGUUUAGUUCCUGAUCAAUAAUUCUGAUUAUUAGUGUUCUGACUGUUUAACUGCUGAAGAGAUUCAGGAGACUAACAAGCUUCUUAAAAAACGUAACCGCUAAUGUGGCUAACCGCUAAUGUGGCUAAGUGCUAACGUGGCUAACUGCUAACGUGGCUAACGGUUUCCUGGAUCUCUUCAGAGUAAAGGUGAUCAUUAUUAUCGUUAUCAAACAUGCAGCUCUUAUAUUUGAAACUGUAUUCUUUUAAAUUUUGAUAUAAAGAAUGUUUAUUGAUUCUGUAUCCUGACUUUAAUUUAUUCAUUUCAGAAGUUCA